AUGCUACAGUCAAUAGGUAAAGAUAUACGGCUGUUCUCUCUCCCUGAGAUCGAUGAGGCACAUGAAAUGGCAAACGGUGUGCCUAGGGAGAUCUUUGAGGAGUCCACGAUCAAGCUUGAACAUGAGGACACAACUCUGUCAGACUCCCUCAAUGCCGAGCAGAGGGCCGCCUACGAUGAGAUUCUAUCUGCUAUUAAUAGUGACGAGGGCGACGUGUUUUUCGUGGAUGGACCAGGAGGGAUAAGGAAGACUUUCCCAUACAAGGCGCUGCUUGCAAUGAUACGUGGGCAGGAGAAGAUUACCGUGCCAACAUCUAUGUCCGGUGUUGCAGCUUUCAUAAUACCUGGAGGAAGAACCGCACACUCAUGCUUUAAGAUACCACUGAGUGUUGACGAUGGGGCAUUCUGUAGCUUCACAAAACAGAGUGGGGCUGCUAAGCUUCUGCAAACGGUUUCACUAAUUAUUUGGGACGAAGCCUCCACGAUUAAGAGACAAGCGAUGGAAGCGCUGGAUAAUGGCAUGCGUGACAUAAUGAACCGACUAGAACUGUCGUUCGGUGGGAAGACGGUUGUGUUUGGUGGAGAUUUCAGGCAGGUCCUCCCUGUUGUCCGAAAGGGAUCAAGGGCUUAG